AUCUCGCGUUAUUCGACUUCUGCUCAGGCUCUCGCGCCUGAAUUCGUCUUACCUAACUGUGUUAUGUUUAUUUGGAUUUGACGUUACUUGCAUGUAGUUUUGUGUUCAGUGUCUUUUAGCACACGUAGCAGUAUGUCAUCUUCUGGAAAAUCACAGCGAGAUUUGCAGAGUAAAAACCUGCCGUGGGUGGAAAAAUAUCGACCACAGACAUUAAAUGAUUUAAUUUCCCACCAGGACAUCCUUAGUACAAUUCAAAAGUUUAUCAGUGAAGACAGACUGCCUCACCUAUUGUUCUAUGGGCCUCCUGGGACAGGGAAGACCUCCACCAUUCUGGCCUGUGCCAAACAGCUGUAUGGAGAACGAGAGUUUAAUUCCAUGGUUUUGGAGCUGAAUGCCUCUGAUGAUCGAGGUAUUGAUAUUGUACGAGGACCAAUCCUGAAUUUUGCAAGUACAAGGACUAUUUUUAAGAAAGGUUUUAAGCUGGUCAUCCUGGAUGAAGCUGAUGCCAUGACACAGGAUGCUCAGAAUGCCCUUCGAAGAGUGAUAGAGAAGUUUACUGAGAACACACGGUUCUGUUUGAUAUGUAAUUAUUUGUCAAAGAUCAUCCCGGCAUUGCAGUCUCGAUGUACGAGGUUCCGAUUUGGUCCACUCACUCCUGAACUGAUGAUUCCAAGGUUGAAGUACGUCAUUGCGGAGGAGAGGGUUGAUAUUACUGAAGAUGGAAUGAAAGCCAUUGUGACGCUGUCCAGUGGGGAUAUGCGUCGUGCCCUCAAUAUUCUACAGAGUACCUAUAUGGCAUAUGAAAAAGUUUCAGAGGAUACUGUUUAUACCUGUACUGGCCAUCCCUUGAGGUCGGAUAUUUCAAGUAUUCUUGACUGGAUGUUAAACAAGGACUUCACUACAGCUUACAAAAAUAUAAUGCAGUUGAAAACCCUGAAGGGGCUGGCCUUACAUGACAUACUGAUGGAGGUUCACACAUACGUACACAGAGGCACAGGCUGGCUUCUGGGACAAGUGAGAAGAUUCAGUUAAGUUCCCUCAUUGCUGCAUUCCAGGUGGCACGUGACAUGGUCGUGGCUGAAGCUUAGAUGUGAAAGAUGAUUGCGUAUUCGGAUAUAAUGAUGGAGAACAGCCCUUACAUGACUGUCCUGCUGAAUGUACAUAGCUCAUUUGGACUAUGAAUUACAUCUGAACUGUACUGUACACUUAGAAGAAGUAAUGAUUCCUGUGGAAAUGUUAAAUUCAUAUUUCUUUGUACAGUGAGUUAUGGCAUUCACACCAAAGUUCUACAUAUGGUCAGAAUGUUGUCAUUUCUUCUUGUAACAGACUAAUGAAGAAGAGUGUCUUUAAUUCAGAAUAAUUGUAAAUAAAUGUUCUAAGAAUUUUGGCAGUAAAAUUAUUAUUUUUUUAA